AUGCGUUUUUUCCGGAGAAGAUAUGUUCCGGAAGAUCCUCCCGAAGCGCAAGAGGAUUUUCGCUCGAGGCUUAAGGCUUCCGACGCACUUCUCCGGUGUCCUCAUGGACACAGGAUGGAGCAGAUAGUGACACACAAAGCCGGCUGGUUGAGGUGCGACAUCUGUGGGCAACCACAGGGCCUCGGACGCAGGAUGCAUGCAUGUUGGGACUGCGACUACCAUGUUUGUGGACCCUGCGAAGUCAAGUUCCAGGAUGCGGAUUGGUAUGGCACCUGGUUUUCCUAUUGGCACCCGGAGGGUGACGUUGGCAUCUCCGAGGAGGCAGAGCCUUCCAAGAACAGCGAGGAUGCGAGCCUAAAGGGACGCCCCUCCUGCCCUGCCGGCCACGACAUGGUAGAGUAUUUCUCAGCGUUGAAGCCGAGACUGAUGUGCCUCAUUGACAACCAGUGGCAUAUGUCUGUUAGCAGUAACCUAUAUGCAGUGCAGGACUUAUGCUCGCGCACGCCCUGA